AGACAAAAGACGCCCUGCGAGUAGUUGUCAUGAACUGAUACUGGAUUUCACGAUGGUGGCGUGAGAGGAAGGACGAGAGUAUUUAAGAAAUCUAUCUCUACAUUUGUUGCGUAUCCAUCACAAGAAGUAAAAUUUCCUUCAGGUCCUCAAUAGUCACGCCUAUUGUUCUCCUCUCUAUUGUCAGGUCCUCAGGCAAGAGAAACCCUUUUUUGCGUAGGCAGAGUUUUCUUCAUAUUCACUGCUGAAAAAUAAAAGAAAAGUUCAUUCAGGGGUCGGUUGGACCACUCACAAUAGUCUGGUAUUCACCACCAACCUCACCCUUGAACAGUUAUGUCAGAAAAGACAAUUGUCGUGGUUGGAGCUGGUGUAGUUGGCUUGACAACUGCACUAUUAUUGACCCAGAAUCCGAAGUUCAAGGUCACAGUCGCUGCAAAGCAUAUGCCAGGAGAUUAUGAUAUUGAGUAUGCUUCACCCUGGGCCGGGGCGAACUACAUGCCAGUCUCGGUGACUGGUACACCAUCACAGGAAUGGGACAAGAAUACAUGGGCGCCACUCGCAGACCUAGCACGUAACCACCCUGAAGCGGGAGUUCACUUCCAAAAAUGUGAGAUUUACAAUCGCAAGAAGGACAUUUCAUCCACGACUGCAGCAUGGUUUGCUGAGCUUCUCAGUCCGAAACCAUGGUUCAGUACCAUAUUCGACGAUUUUUGCGAGAUACCCAAGAAGGAUCUUAAACCUGGAGUCGACAAUGCGACGCGCUUUACUUCAGUGUGUAUCAAUACAGCCAUAUACUUGCCCUGGCUGGUAUCCCAAUGUCUAAAGAACGGUGCCGUCUUCAAAAGAGCAGUAUUCAAACACAUCUCGGAUGCCGCAGCUCCAGGAGUUCAUCAUCUUGGUGGUGCCGCAGACCUCGUGGUCAACUGCACGGGACUGUCGGCCUCCAAGCUUGGUGGUGUCAUGGACAAAACGGUCAUUCCUGCGAGAGGGCAGAUUACGAUCGUGAGGAACGUAGCACCUUCGAUGUAUUCACUUUCUGGGACUGACGAUGGACCGGACGAAGCCUGUUACAUUAUGACUAGGGCUGCCGGUGGUGGUACAAUCCUGGGCGGAUGCUACCAAAAGGGGAACUGGGAAUCCCAGCCAGAUCCGAGCCUUGCCACUAGGAUCAUGAAGAGAUGCGUUGAUAUCUGCCCUGAAUUGACCGGCGGGAGGGGUAUCGAGCACCUGGAUGUCAUUCGACACGGUGUUGGCCUGAGACCUGUUCGAGAAGCAGGCGCCAGGAUUGAGAAGGAAAAAAUCAAUGGUGUUUGGACAGUGCACAAUUAUGGACAUGGUGGAGCUGGCUACCAAUCUUCGUACGGAUGUGCACAAGCAGCAGCAAAGUUAGUGGAAGAAGCCUUGGAGCAACGGCCAAGAUUGUAGACAGAAAACUUACAUACGAUGAACGCGAGAAUAUUUUAGUCGCCAGAUGGUAUCCGUAUAUAGGGUGAAAUGAAUUCGAAAAGAUGCUGUUGAAAUAGUG